AUGGUUAAGCCAGAUGGGGUGUGGGAGCAAGGGCUCAUCAAGGGAGUGACAAGCAAAUAUCCUUCUGGCACUAAAUUAAUUGGUGCGGCGAAAGAAGAGUUCCAACAACAAACCAGUCGUGAACUGAAGGAUGUGGCCGACAAUUCAACUUUCGAAAUGACUCUUGACUCUGAUGGGUCUAGCGCCUACUAUAGUCAACAGCUACUCAACUACCUGUCUACUAUCAACUUCAAUGAACAAGUACUGGACUGGGGAACCUCCCUGUUUGGACUUUUCCCCCAAAACAUCACCUACCAAGUCAGAUAA